AUGUCUCUAGGGUCACUGCCAAGAUGGCAAUCUGCCCUGUUCGGGGCUGUUCAAUUCGCCAACACUGCGUAUUUUGAGACGAAUAUACCGACAACUGUGGUCAUCACAACGCUAAUAAGUUCCAUUUUGUUCUUCCGAUUCGAAUACACAGAUGGAAGCGUGAUAUCAGCGCUCGCGGUGCUGGAAACCCCAACCCUUAUAAACACCGGACCCUUCCAAAAGAUCGAUGUUCCCGAAACUGGGAAACUUGAAAACGGCCCUGCAGACCGAAACGAUACCGUACCAAGAGAAGGACUGGAAGAUACCAGACAGUUUCUCUGGAAUUUGAGAGAGAAGUUCAUCCGAAAUGCAGUGCCUUUUCUCGGUGGUAGUCUCCUCUCCCUCGCCGCUAUCUACUUCUUAUCCCUCUAUGGCUUCAUCGACAUGGACAUCAAUGAUAUCACAUACAACAUACCUGGUCCUGUGUUGUAUUGGACCAUAGCAGGUAUUGCCUUAAUUUUCUCUGCCUCACCUGACUCUAAUGCAGUCACCAAUGAUCGAAGCCUUGCUCGUCGGCAAUUACAGAGCCGGAAAGGAUCUUUGUCUCUCUAUCCUGGACUCGAUGUUUUCUUGGUAUAUAUGCUGCUGGCAUUUAUGGCCAUGGCCAUGACCAGGCCAAUUUUUGCAACAGAGGAGCCUCGGAUUCCUCUCUUUAUCCUAUCCAGCUUGUUCUCCGGGCUUCUGCUAACGAAUCUGCAUACGGCCUGGAUUCAUACCGUCAUUUCCAAGCCUAACAACAAGUACAUUUGGCAGAGAAUCCCCGGCUGGCGAGAAUGGAUCGGAGUAUUACCAGCAGCAUCUCUGGACUUAACCCUACCAACUUGUGUCUACUAUUUGACGAAAUCUCUCAUGCUUUUCCUCCGUGAAAUGUGCACCGCAGCUAUGAAUCACUGGUUUGAUGAAGAGAUACCUUCAGCAUUGGAGCGCCUCGGAGGAAUGAUCUUUUAUAUAACGCCAUACGCUUCGGAGUUGUUCAUUUCUACUAUGACACGAGCUAUCUACAUACGGGUUGCGGCAUCAAUGCUACCAGACAAUGACGAACCCAUUGUGACAUUCGACCGCAGCUUUGGAGGCCGAGCGAGAAACGACGGAAAAUAUUGUCUUAGCAUCUUUGAUGCUGUUCGGUCUAUGCGAUUUCUCAAUUGGUAUCGUUAUGCGAAGAUUGUUUGGGAGGUGUUUUGGUAUGAGGAGAUGUGGGGUUUAUUCUUUUGUAUUGCUGUCGCUGUGGAGUUUUACUUUUGGGCACCUCACUCUGUUAUAGAUCUACUUGUUUUGCUCUUGCCAGAUGCUUCUUAG